AAAAAAACAUAUGGUGAUGGAAUUUUUAUUUACAAAGUUGUUGACACUGUCGCUGACACCUCCAUUAGUGUCUUCCAUGCCACAAAAAACACACCUCACCUUAGCAGAUACAGAGCUCGUAAUAUGUUCCUGCACAGAUUAACGUUCCAAUGUCCCUUCCCCAACCCCACCCAGUUUCUCCCUCUCUCUCUCUCUCUCUCUCUCUCUCUCUCUACAUUUUAAAAAGUUUCAAAGGAAUCAAUCUCUAACAAAAGGCAGCACCACCAGUGCUAGCUCCACUAGUCUAAUCCAAUCCCAAAGCUCCAGUUUCGGGAGCUUCAGCUUCGACCUUGGUGGCUCUCACUGUUAAUGCAGCUCAGUUUCCUUCUUACCAUCCAUGGGAAAGAAGGGUGGAACCUCGUGGUUGACUGCAGUGAAAAAGGCUUUCAGGUCUCCUACUAAGGACAACGAGUCGAAGAGUAGCAGAAGGAGAGAAGAUCAUGAGCAAGAAGAAGAGGAAAAGAAAAGGGAGAAGCGAAGAUGGAUUUUUCGAAAACCUUCGAAUCACGAACCGGUGACACAACAAUACGAAGCGAAGCCUGCAGUUACGACUGCAACCACGAAUCCUGUUACUGCUGCUGAGCAAAGGCAUGCCAUUGCUGUUGCAGUGGCGACCGCAGCAGCCGCUGAAGCGGCCGUUGCUACUGCCCAAGCAGCUGUGGAAGUUGUUCGCCUCACUAGACCUUCUAAUUUCGUUAAAGAACACUACUCUGCCAUUGUCAUUCAGACUGCCUUCAGAGGCUAUUUGGCGAGGAGAGCUCUUCGUGCAUUGAAAGGGCUUGUAAAGCUUCAAGCUUUAGUGAGAGGACAUAACGUACGAAAGCAAGCGAAGAUGACCCUUCGGUGCAUGCAAGCUCUGGUCAGAGUACAGGCUCGGGUGCGGGAUCAACGCAUGAAGACUUCCCAGGAUGGGAGUAGAAAAUCUAUGUUUAAUGACACUAACAGCUUAUGGGAAUCACGGUUUCUUCAGGACAUUGCAGAGAGAAAGUCAAUGUCAAGAGAUGGAAGUAGCAUUGCAGACGAUUGGGAUGACCGCCCACAUACAGUAGAGGAGAUUCAGGCCAUGUUACAGAGCAGAAAGGAAGCUGCUUUAAAACGCGAGAAAGCCCUCGCCUAUGCUUUCUCUCAGCAGAUAUGGAGAUCAGGUAGGAACUCCUCAAUCGGGGAAGAAGAAGAGCUCGAAGAUAGACCAAAAUGGCUGGACAGAUGGAUGGCCACGAAGCAAUGGGAGAACAGGGGAAGAGCUUCGACUGAUCAAAGGGAACCCAUUAAAACCGUCGAAAUCGAUACGUCUCUUCCCUACUCUUAUUCAGCCCCUAAGAACAGAAGAUCACAGCCACAACCUGGCACUUAUGGUCUUGCAUCUCCUCUGCACAGAGCCCACCAACAGUAUCUCUCUGUUCAUCGGUCCCCUGUCACGCCUUCUCCUUGUGGAACAAGGCCUCUGCAAGUACGCUCAGCCAGCCCUCGUUGCCAAAGAGAAGAGAGAAGCUACCCAACAGCGCAUACACCAAGCUUGGGAUCCAGCUAUUACUACAACAGUGGGAUGCGUUACAAUGGACCAGGCUCAAAUAGCGGUGCUGGGUCUGCAGCUGCUGCAAUCCCGAACUACAUGGCUGCCACAGAAUCAGCAAAAGCUCGAAUUAGAUCGCAGAGUGCACCGAGGCAACGGCCAUCGACGCCUGAAAGAGAGCGAGUGGGGUCAGCGAAGAAACGUCUCUCUUUUCCCGUUCCCGACACUUACAGUACUGGUGGUGUUGGUGGUUGUGGAGGUGGGUACAACUAUAGCCACAUUUUAAGGAGCCCAAGCUUUAAGAGUGUUCAUGGAGGUCAAUUCGGUAUGGAGCAACAGUCAAAUCUGUCUUGUUGCACGGACAGCCUCGGUGGUGAAAUAUCUCCCUCUUCGACCAGUGACCUCAGAAGGUGGUUGCGUUAGAACUAUUACUGCAUCAGACUUUAGCUUCUAACAACAUAAAUGGUGGUGACUGGCAAUGUCAUGAAAUUGGUUUUUUGUUUUUCUUUAUUUCGUUUAGUUAAUCCAAUGAUGAAGCCAUGAACUGAAAAAAGUGGGAUUGAUUGAUUGAACACGAUGGAUUAUAUUUCAAUCCUAAUUCUUUCUCAUAAAAUUUUGACCAUUUCAGACC